UAAGUUCUUGGACUAAUCUCUCUCUCUCUCUCUCUCUCUCUCUCUCGCACAUUAAGCUUCAGAAGGCAGAGCAUGAAUGACUACAGAGAAGGCAACUCGACAUGCUGUUAUUUCCAUCCUCAAGAAGUAUUUGUUGGGGUUUGUCCCUCGUGCUUGAAUGAGAGGCUUCUAGUUUUAGCAGCAAACCAAGCACACAACAACAAUCACCAUCACCACCAGCACCACCAUCAUCCUCAUCCUCAUUCAACCAGAAGCAGCCAUGGCCACAGAGCUCAGAGCCAGAGCAACAACCCCAACAAGAAGCCAUCAGUUGUUGGUCUUCCCAAGAUCUUUGCUCUUGGAUCUUUCCUCAAUCGCCUCGAAUUCCGGCAUUGGAAAUCUGGUUCCAUCUCCUAUGAAGAUGCUUCCCCUAGCCCAGAAGAUUCUUUCAUAUCGAUCAAAUUUGAAGACAAUGGUCUGGCCUCAUGGGAAAAGAACACAGCUUCAAAGGUGUCCUUUGACAAUUGCAAGGCUUCAUGGACUCAGAGCAUGAGCAAGAAGACCAUCACCGCUACCACAGCCAGUAGGGAAAGUACCAAUAACAAGAGUGUGAUUGAGCAUGCCAAGCCCCGCGCCUCGCUGAGGUGGCGGAAGCGGAUUGGCCACUUGUUCCAGCUCAUGAGAUGGAAGAGGUCCAGCAAGGGGAGUGUCUGCCACGUGGGCACCAAGGUGGAGGGAGUGAAGGUGAGGAGUGGCUGGAUGAGGAGUCUCACAAGGAGGAGGACUAAAGAGUAGAAAGGAAAGAGAAAGGGUUUCAAAAGAAAGAAAGAGUCCUCUUCUUUUUGGGUAUUUUCUUUUGGGGCCUGCAAAGUGUGACUGCAAAGUUUGAUACUAUUGAGACCGACAGAGUCAAAGGAUAGCUUGAGUAAGUGCUUUUCCUUUCUGAAUUCUCCAGAUUCUUGUAUAUUUAUCGAAAAACCCUUUGCUUCUCAUGGUUGUAAGUAGUACAGAAAAUCAGACAAAAAAGAAAAGCUGUACGGGGUUUAAAAUGGCACAUGUAAUUUCUGAGAUGUCAUGAAAGGAAUCAUUUCGAUUUCCUUGGAA